AUGCCCAAGCACAGCCGCCGUUAUAAUACCGCUGCGGAACGGAUCUCAGAAGACUCGACGUACCAACCCGACGAGGCAAUUGGCCUCAUCAAGGAGUUGUCCAGCGCCAAGUUCGACGAAACCAUUGAAGUUCAUCUGCGCACCACUGCCGACGUGCGCCACGCCGAACAACAGGUGCGGGGCGUAACCGUACUCCCCCACGGCCUUGGGAAGCAGGUGCGGGUGCUGGUCUUUGCCAACGGCGAAGCUGCCGACAUCGCGCGUCAGGCCGGCGCCGACUUCGUGGGCGACGACGACCUGAUCGCCCAGGUUGAGAGCGGCUGGACGGAAUUCGACGUGGGACUAGCCAUUCCGGAGAUCAUGUCCAAGAUUGGACGACUGGGUCGUGUGCUUGGUCGCAAGGGCCUGAUGCCCAACCCUCGCACCGGCACGCUGGUUCAGGCUCGCGACUUGACCCGUGUGAUUCAGGAAUCCAAAGCUGGACGUUUGGAGUUUCGCACCGACCGCACCGCCAUCAUCCACGGGCAGUUCGGCAAAUCGUCCUUCGAGAGUGAAGCCCUGGUCGACAACCUUACCGUCUUCAUGGACGCAGUAAUGCGCGAGCGACCGGAAGCUGUCAAAGGCGCGUUCAUAAAAUCCGCGUAUAUCACUUCUUCCAUGGGGCCCGGCAUUCCGGUUGAUGUGGCGACCCUGCAGGCCAUGAGGCCAGCAUAG